UGCGCUGGGAGUUUGGGGUGGGUCUCAGCUCUCCCGCGUCCUACAAACUCAGGCUGCGGAGCCGCCGGCUGCACCUCGGAGACCCUCGUCAAGCAGGGCCCGCAGCGCCCGGCCAUGAGGAACACGAGCAAGGAGCUGCAGGGCGCCUCGCACCGCUACGCUCCCUGCGAUUGGUACUACCACCUCCCCGUGAAGCGGUCUGAGAAGGCCGUGGAUGCCCCGCCAGCGUCCCAGAUCCCAGGUCUCAGCAACUUGGGAGAAUCACAGAAUGGGAAUGCACUGGCCACUCGGAGAUACUGGAUCAAAGAAACAGACUCGGAGUACGUGAAGCUCGCGAAACAAGGCGGCAGGCCUGAUUUGUUGAAGCACUUUGCUGCUGGGACCAGGAAAGGCUCCCCAGUGACCUACUCCUUGCCAGACUGGUAUAUCCACCACAGCAAGCCACCUACAGCCGACCAGCGAGAGGUCCCUGCCAUCUCCAUGCCAGAUUACAUGGUGUAUGAAGAGUUUCAGCCUGACCAGGCCAACGGUAGCUAUGAAUCCAGGAGAGGACCAUUUGACUUCGAUAUGAAAACGGUUUGGCAAAGAGAGGCUGAGGAACUUGAAAAGGAGAAAAAAAAGGUGAAGCUACCAGCCAUUAACUUGAAGAACCCAAGCAAAGUGGGGACCCCACUUGGCUCUAAAGACCCUGCAGGAAGUAGGCUCUCCUUCCCACCAAUGCCUGGUCAUAAAACCAGUUCACCAACAAACUUUUCCAAACUCAUCAGCAAUGGUUAUAAGGAUGAGUGGUUACAACGAGGCGAUUCAGAUAAGAGGACCCCCAAGUCAUCCAGGGCAUCUGAGUCUUCUCAGUCCACCCAGGACCCUGAAGGGUCCCAGGAUGCAGAGAUGCUGCAAGACCAGGAGGCCCCAGAGGACUCUGAGAAAAUUCAAGAAUCUCCUCCAAGCCCAGAAGCUUCUUCAUCUGCACCCACACCAGCAGAACUCAAAUAAACCCUGAUGCAAUAUGUACUUAGGAUAACUUUGUAUAUGACUAUGAUAUGACUGUAUUUCAGCUGUAUUUAUAAGGCCCCAGGUAUAUUUUGUUAAUAUAGAUUCUUAUGGAAUAAUGUAUCUUGCAGCAGAUUUGGUAUCAUUGCGGCGAAUGUGGUGCAAGUGUCUGGUUCUGUUUCUUGCCUUUCUCUGGUAUGUGAAAUACGUGUCAAUAAACACAACUAAGGCCUCUGGUUCCCUUUGCCUCUCUGGCCUACUGAGGGCCCAGUGUCUGGGAACCAGUCUCCUCCUCCCUAUGAGCAGCCUGCAUCCCCUUCUCCUCUACGAUCCACUACUGAGUGCCUUUUCUAUUAGACUGUUAACCAGAGGAAACUCAGAGAACAAAACGUAAGCCUCUUCCAUUAUUUGGUUCUGUAAUCUCUGUAGAAAUCAUUUUCUUGCUAACGACAACAACAAAAUCCAGAUAUGGUGAUAUAGUUUAUAUUAAGAAGAAAGUUUUUCAUUUAUUAUGCCUUGAUGUUUCAAACAUUCACUAUAAAACAUUGCAGUAUCUGCUUAUUUUACAUUUUUACUAAUAUUUUUGCCUCAACUCAAGUCUAGAAUAUGAAAGAUUUAUUAUUUUGUAUCCAUGACCUAAAUAUAUGUGUAAUUUUAAUAUUUAGUAUACUUAACAAAAACUCAUGAAUAAUCAGAAGGAAUUCUCUUGUUUUAUACAGUUCACUAUUAUUUAUAAAUAAGUGUUUAGCAUUAAAA